CAUACCUAGAACUACUACCAACUAGGAAAUCAUCACAUUUUAUAUUAUUUUUUUUCUUGUCCACACUCAAGAGUUCAUCCGAAACUUUCACCAUGGGAACUCGCGUAAAUGCUCGGCGUGCCAACGGAAAUCCAGAUACCCUCAAUGAACGAAAUCCCAUAGAUGGUCUGACACCGUUAGCUACUGCGACCGUUGUAGGAGAUGCUGAGAAGGUCAAACGGCUCCUUGAUAAGGGCGUCGAAGCAGAUGCACGGUCUAGGAAUGGCGAAACUCCAUUACUCCUUGCUGCGUGGAAAACCAGCUAUAACCGCUCUCGAAUCAUCCAGCUUCUCCUGACGAGGACACCCUCUAGUUCCGUUGAUGCAACGUGUGAUAUCGCCGAUAACAAUACACCGUUGAUGUUUGCUGUUACAAAGGGCGACCUAGAAUCUAUAAGACUCUUGCGGAAGGCCGGGGCUUCUAUAGAGUUGGAGAACGACAGCCAUCAAAAUGCGGAAGAGAUGGCUAGAAUGAUGGGAGGCAGAGUUCCUCUUGCACUUCAUCCAGAGACUGAAAGAGGGGCUCUUGGGAAGCUAUCUAGCCUCACCUUAUCUUUCCUGCUCUCGGUCGUUUCCUGGGUGAACAUCCACGUCGGCGGCGUUGUCCGCCGGAUCUUUGGACUAAACCCCGAUCCAGACGAAGAUAUUGACAAAGAAAUGGACAUCCUCGAGGAGCCUAGUGGAGAAGAACUUGUAGAAAGUGUCGAGAGAUUCGUCGACGACAAUCCUAUACUACAACGGUUCUUCAAGGGGAAGGAGGAUUACAUAAAGGAGUUGACACAAAAGGCAGUGGACUUGAAGAAUGAUACGAGCACAUGCCUAGGCUGUGAAGAACUAUUGCCUAAGACUAUCAAUGUUUCUUUGCAUCAGCAAGUCUUAUACUGCGACGACAGCUCCUCUAUGAGGAGGGAGGGCCGUUGGGAGUCUCAGAAAUGUCUCGUCGAGCGAAUCGCUAAGAUCACCACACGAAUUCUCCCCGAACACGAAGGCGUUAUGCUACGUUUCAUCAAUCAGGAUAUGGAGCAUUCUUCGAACUUAAACCUAGAGGGGAUCGGGAAGGUCUUCGAGUUAAUAUCCUGGCAGCGGGAAAAUAGCCAUACCAAAAUCGGCACUUAUCUAAAAUCGAAGAUCCUCGAGCCGCUAGUUUACAGCAAGCUAGAAUCUGAGGAUGGCGGACUUGAAAGACCGCUCCUUAUCUCCGUAGUCACCGACGGCAUGCCUACUAGAGAAAGCCCCUCUGAGUUUGUGGAAGCGAUCUUGGAGUGUGGUAAUAGGUUGGAGCGGGCUGGGUAUCCUCGCAAGAGUGUGAAAUUCAUGGUCGGCCAAGUCGGCUCUGGGAGAGAUGCGGCAAGGUUUCUUGACGGACUUAGAGGCAACGCUGAGAUUUCUGAAGUGGUUUACUGUACUACAGAUCAGCUAGAUGCCAAAUUCACGGAGUUUCGUGAAAAUGAAUGGGAUCUUGACCGAUGGUUAAUUGAAACCCUAUUCUCUCCUAUCAAAGGUCCCGAAACCAGCGAAACUCGGUAAACACUUUCAUAUGACCAAAUCUAUAGGAAGGGCAGGACCAAGAGAGAGUUCAAUAUGUUAAUCUUCACAUGGUCCUGAACUUCGAUUCGGAGCAGAUUGGAAAGAAGGGCAAGGUUCUAUGAGUCGACGGCGUCUUUUCUUUUGUUCUCAUAACAAAUACAUACAUCAAGACUUACUGAUAGUCUAUCCUUAAUCAUACCUUAGCAUCAAUUUUCAUUAUGUUGAACUCAUGAAAAUACUUUCUCCUAUCUAUUCACAAG